AUGGCGGCCAUAGUUGAAACUUUGCUUAAAUCAAGUGUCACUAAGUUGCAAGAUGUCAUUAUGGAUGAGGCCAUACUAAUCCUAGGGGUUGAAGAAGAACUAACAAAAUUGUUGCGACGAGUGGAACUAAUUCAGUGUUGUAUAUAUGAUGCUGAGAAAAGGAGGACAAAAGAGCAAGCAGUAAACAAUUGGCUUGGUCAAUUGAGAGAUGUUAUAUAUGAAGUUGAUGAAAUCCUGGAUGUGGCUAGAUGUAAAGGAAGCAAGCUACUUCUUAACCACCCUUCACCAUCAUCAGGCAAAUCAGUUGCAUGCAAAGGCCUUUCAGUUUCCUGUUGUUUUUGCAACAUAGUGGCACGCCAUGAUGUUGCUGUUCGGAUUAGAAGCCUCAAUAAAAAGAUUGAGAGCAUUGCAAAUGACAAGAUAUUUUCAACUUUCAAUAAUAGCACACAACCUAUUGGAAAUGGCCGAACAUCAAAACUGGUAAGAAGUUCCAACCUUGUUGAGCCCAACCUUGUGGGGAAGGAGAUUCUACAUUCUACCAGGAAGUUAGUGGACUUAGUUCUUGCACACAAGGAAUGCAAGUCUUACAAACUUGGUAUUGUUGGAACUGGAGGAGUUGGUAAGACAACCCUAGCUCAGAAAAUCUACAAUGACCAAAAAUUAAAAGGAUGCUUCAAGAUGCACGCAUGGAUUUGUGUAUCACAAGACUACAACGAAGUAACUCUUCUUAAAGAGGUUCUCCGGAAUGUUGGUGUGCAUCAUGAGCAGGGUGAAACCAUAGCAGAGCUGCAGAGGAAGCUUGCAGAAGCAAUUGAAGGGAAGAGUUUCUUUCUGGUUUUAGAUGAUGUGUGGCAUUCCAAUGUAUGGAUGGAUCUAUUAAGGCCUACAUUACACAAAACAAUGUCCGGAGUAAUAUUGGUAACCACACGAGAUGACCAAAUUACAAGGAGAAUAGGUGUAGAUCAUACCCAUCGAGUUGAUCUCAUGCCAGUAGAGGUGGGAUGGGAGCUACUUUGGAAGAGCAUGAACAUAGAGGAAGAGAAAGAAGUGCAAAAUUUAAGAAACAUGGGGAUUGAGAUUGUUCGUAAAUGCGGCCACCUCCCUCUUGCAAUCAAGGUUACCGCUAGUGCUUUGGCAAGCAGAGAUCUGACGGAGAAUGAAUGGAAAAAGUAUUUGGGCAAAUAUGCUGGUUCCCAGAGCAUGCUCUCAGAUGAAACAGAAGGAGCUCUGUACCUAAGCUAUGAUGGGUUGUCGCAUCGUCUUAAACAAUGUUUCCUUUAUUGUGCUUUGUAUGCUGAAGAUUCUAUCAUUGAGCGUGAAGAAGUUACCUGGUUAUGGAUUGCUGAAGGCUUCAUCGAGGAGUGGGAAGGCCAACUACUAGAAGACAUAGCAGAAGAGUACUACUACGAGCUAAUCCACCGGAAUCUCCUCCAACCAGAUAUCUCCUAUUUUGACAUGUCUCACUGCAAAAUGCAUGACCUCUUAAGACAACUUGCACUAAACAUAUCAGGAGAAGAAUGUUUUAUUGGAGAUGUUGAAACAUUAAUGGGUGAAAAUAUGUCAAAAUUGCGACGUGUUGCUGCUGUUACUAAGAAGGAUAUGUUGGUGUUAUCUAGAGUGGAUAAGGUGGAUGUUAAGGUCAGGACUUUCCUAACUGUUAAGGGUCCACGCAGAAUUGAGGAUACAUUGUUCAAGAGAUUUCGGCUUCUUCGUGUUUUGGUACUAAAUUACACACUUGUGCAAAGCAUUCCAGAAUACAUAGGGAAAUCGAUACAUCUACGUCUACUUAAUCUUAAUAAUACAGACAUAUCUUGUCUUCCGGAAUCCGUUGGCUGCCUAAAGAACCUUGAAGUACUGAGCUUGAUAUGGUGUGAUCAUCUGCACACUCUUCCUUCGGCAAUAACCCUGUUGAGCAGCUUAAGAUGUCUUGAUCUUCGCGGCACCGAAAUAAACGAGGUUCCAAAAGGGAUAGGGAAACUAAAGUUCCUCACUUAUGUAGUAGAUUAUCCUAUUGGUGAUGGAAGUGAUGAUACUGUUGUGCAAGAUGGAUGGAAGUUGGAAGAGUUGUCUUCUUUGUCGCAAAUGAGGUAUCUUAUUCUUGCUAAACUGGAAAGAGUGGCUCCUUGUAGUACAAAUGAUGUGCUGACAGACAAGGAGCACUUGAAAAAUCUAGUACUAAAGUGGUCCAUUUUUGGAGAGGGUACAUAUUCAGAAGAUGACGUUGGCAACACUGAGAAGGUCUUUGAGCAGCUAAUACCUCCACACAACCUGGAAGGCCUAUCAAUUAAUAGUUUCUUUGGUCAGCGUUAUCCCAGCUGGUUUGGUACCACUUGUUUGUCUUCGUUAAUACACUUGAAACUCCUGGGUGUACGAUCAUGUGUGCAUCUUCCACCGAUCUGGCACCUACCAAACUUGAAAUAUGUGAAAAUUGAAGGAGCACAUGCAGUUACCAAGGUUGGACCUGAAUUUGUUGGCUGCAAGAAGGGUGAUCAUGUAUGUAAUGAGUUUGUCGCUUUCCCUAAACUUGAAUUGUUGAUCUUCUCAGAUAUGCCUAACUGGGUGGAGUGGUCUAUUUUUGAGGAAGAAGUUGCUGAUGAUGAACAGGGAGAGGAUGGAGUUGAUGAGAUUCGAAGAGAGGAUGCCCCAUCUACAAGGUUGCGACUGCUGCCUCGUUUGUUGGAGUUGUACCUCCAUUACUGCCCGAAGCUGAGGGCUCUCCCGCAACAACUUGGAAAAGACACCGCCUGCUUGAAGGAGCUCAAUUUAAGAGGACUGAACAACUUGAAGGCCAUGGAGGACCGCCCAGUGCUCUCUAAACUCCUUGUUAUUGACGAUUGUGAAGGCCUGGAGAAGGUCUCCAAUCUCCCUUGUGUGACUGAACUGCAUGUAGGUGGUUGUCCAAACUUAAGCAACGUAGCAGGAUUGGGCAGUUUGCAUCAGCUGGGGUUGGACAAGGAUAUGCAAGAGAUCUCUUCAUGCUGGGUGCAUGGGCUUCAAGAGCAGCACCAGCGACUUCAUGGUGAAGAUCUGGAUAUCUACACGCUGUUUAAGAAGUAG